CAGCAUCAAACAAGCAGACGGCGGCACAAACAAACGGACAGGCAGCCAAACAAACAACACUGAGAUACGCCAACAAACGCUGUUGGGCAGUCGGCGGGAGACGCAGACUCCUGCAGGGUCAGAGCGCAGACUGGGAAUCCUUAGGGCAGGCCGAGUCGAAGUCGAAGUUGAAGUUGAGGUUGAGAGGUCUGCAAUCUGCAGUCUGGAGUCUGCUGUGUCGGUAGCCGGUAGUCCACCGCAUUGACGAAUCACAUCAAAGUGGAACACAAACUCAGGGUCAAGCCAAACAGACAUGUCAAAUGUCGCAGAGCGACGACAAGGAGCAGAAAAGGACACUCAACGAGAAGACGAGCAAGACGAUGCAGAGCCUGCCGAAGAUGAGGAACAAGCAGCAACAUCUCUUACCGCAGCAAAUUCGCAUUGACUGUGCGCUAACAGCAGGGAACACCAUAAUAUUUUGGUUGCUCCGCAGGACUCGCAGCGCUAGAGCGAGACAGAUAGAGUGGGCAUAUGUAAGUCAGACAGAGAGAGAGCGAAGCAGUCUAUGCAUUUUCGAUGGAAUUCGAAAACCGAAACAAUUUAUUCAUGAGCAAUUAGCCACGGUGUUGUAUUUGUCAACAUUUAGGCACCAGCAGCCUCACACAGCUCGCAACUCGCAGCUCGUAGCUCGCACUGCUCUCGGCCCAGUGGCACCGGAUUAGACGAUUUGUGGGCACGCAUUUGCAAUGCCUACUGCAGCACUAAUUGGGCCCGGGAUGGGACUCAAUGCGAAGAAAGGUAAUUGAGAAAUUAUAGAGACAGAGAAAGAGAGA